UGUCCUUGCUCUUUGUACACUCGCCCUGCCGAAGCGUCUUAGGAGACCGGCCAAAAACCACCUCGUGACCCUCUUACUCGCUACAUGGGGAGUAUACAUUUAUCGGGACUUGUGGCCGUUAGCAACGUAUACUCUCCACCCAAUCGACCCGAAACAUUGGACGACCUGGACGGCUAUCGGUCUACUGACUGUGGUCGGUAUCUUUGUUCCAUUCCUCAUGCCACACGAAUAUGUACCGGUAGAGCCCGAAAACCCGUACAAAGAGGUCAACCCGGAGCAAACUGCCUCCUGCGCUGCAAAUACCGAGCAUCUAGACUAUGAAAAACUGCCUCCACUUGCAGAUUAUGAUGCUGCGGCAUUCCUUACCAAGAAGAGCUUCCCGUAUCUCGAUCCUAUGCUCAGGACCAAGCACAAGAACAGGCAUCUUGCUUGGAGUCUCCUGGCUUACUUCCAUAAGGAGUUCAUCGCUUUGGCAGUUCUCAUCUUUAUCAAAGUAGUGGUUGGAUUUGCUGGCCCACUUGGUAUCAAUCGACUUCUUACCUACAUCGAAACCGGUGGCAAAGAUGCAGUAGUCAGACCCUGGGUCUGGAUUUCCUGGCUUCUGAUCGGUCCACUCGUCGGAAGCACGGCAAUGCAAUGGUACAUCUUUAUCAACACACGCACCCUAGUUCGCAUCGAAUGCAUCAUCACACAACUCGUCUUUGAGCAUUCUCUGCGUAUUCGCAUGAAAGAGGAGGUACCGACUGCAGAAAAACCAUCUGAAGGAACGACCGCUGUUCCAACUCCGGAAUCCGCCUCGCAAGAGGCAACUUCCAGCGAGCGCCAGGACAGCGAGGCCACUCAAGUCGAAG